AAUGGAGACUUUAAAGCGACAUCUUCCUUUCUCUGGACAAGAGGGACAACAGGAACUUGAGAAAAUAGCUGUCACGUUUGAGGAGAAAAAUUAUACUGCAGCAACAAGUCAGCAAGACUAUUUAAGAAAAAUAUCCUUGAAGAUGUUGACUAUGGAGACAAAAUUCCAAAAUCCUAAGGCGAAUUCUCUUCAGUCUAAUGCUUCAAGUAAUAGUAAAGCCCCCCAAGAUCGAGUCACUAACACCAGUAUGCUGACGGUCACCACACAUGAUCGAGGGGAGGCGACUGCGGAGUACUUGCAGUGGUACGGUCAGGUUUCCCAUCCUACUGUCCUGGGCGAGAAUCUGCCGGACGAGAACGAGGUCCCUACGCGUGCCAAUACCGACUAU